UCGCCUUCCUCGGCCUUACCCCAAUCGACUCGUUCGCUGGCGUUACGAGCGUUGCUGCUGUUUCCUUGAAGGCUCGUGAGGCUAUGCCCAUUCCUGCACCUGCUCCUCAGAGGGUAUGUACCAAAUCCCACCGUCGUCGCCAAGUUUUCGGAAACACUACGGCAUCGGCCUCGAAGAAGGGGUCUGUUGUCAAUAGGGCGAACUUAAAUGCUGGUAACAAUACUGUUUCGGCUAUUUCAUUUGCUGCCUCUGGCAACGCUGCUUCUCAGGUCGGGUCGUGGACGUGGUGGUCGUAACCGUGGUGGUAACGGUGGUGGCAACAACAACCAAGCCAACCAGGCCAACUCCUCGACUGCUGCUGCUGCUGCCUCCAUUGAUGCUGCUGCAGCGGCUUCUUCGAGCGCGGCUGCCAACAACGAUGCUGCCACCGCUGCCUCCUCCUCCGCCGACGUUGCGGCCGCGGCUUCAUCCUCCAACAACAACAACAAUAACAACAACAACGGUGGUGGUGGUGGUGGCGGCAACAAUUCUGAUCUCUCCCUCGACCCCGCCAACGUCCAAUCCGCCUCCGACUCCACCGGUCAAGCUGGUUCGGGUGCCGAAGCUGGCCAAGUCAACUCCGCCACCGACCCCGCUAACUUCAUUAACUUCUGCACCGGCAAAACCCUCACCAACGGCCUCCAAGUCAAAGGCGGCUCCUGCAACGGUGUCGUCAUGGGCGAUAUCCCUUCCACGUCCAACAUGAUCUCCUCCAUCAUCACCGGCCCUUCCAGCGGCGAGGAUAUCCAGGCUGACACAACGUUCAGUAUCAACGUCCUUGUUGCGAAUUUGGCCGCGGGGCAGUUUACGAAUGCGCAGACGACGUAUUAUUCUGCGCCGCAGCAGUUGCAGAAUGGGCAAGUUCUUGGGCAUACGCACGUCACUAUUCAGGAUUUGAGUGGUACCACCAACCCUACUGCGCCGUUGGAUGCUACGACUUUCGCGUUCUUCAAAGGUAUCAACGAUGCUGGUACGCAGCAAGGCAACGGUGUUCGCGAGCUCAGUGCUGUUGUUACGGGCGGUUUGGCUCAGGGAUGUUACCGCGUCUGUACCAUGUCCUCCGCGAGUAACCACCAGCCUGUCCUCAUGCCCGUCGCGCAACGUGGUGCUCAGGAUGAUUGUUUGAGGUUCUCUGUUGGUGGCGGAUGUUCGGAUUUGGCUGCAAAGGCGAGGAGAAGGAUGAUGAUGUGAGGUGUGUCUGAACUUUCUUUUGUGAUGAUUAAUUCUUGUGGAGCUGGACUUCGCGAGACUGUAUAUAUUGAAUUGGGGUUUUGUGAUGAGGUAGAUAUUUUGUUUCUUGCUUCGAUAGUAAUGUGAGGGUGCGUUUGUAUCAUUUUGUCCAUUGUGAUUUCGUAGGUGCCGCAUCACCCUCAUCCAAGAAGAUCAUGAUGUCUCCUCCGAGCCCAUGUUUCCUGCGAGAUUGAGUAUCCAUC